AUGUCUGAUGAAAAAAUGGAGGAAGUGCAUGAUGAAUAUUUGGAAGAAGAGCAACAUACAGGAAAUGAUACUGUCGAUGAGGGAAAUCUGGAUAAUAAUGAUAAUCAGCAAAAUGCUGAAAAUAUAGAAAAUGGUGAUGGGCUGAAAACAGAUGAUAAUGAAGAAACGAUGGAUAGCAAUAAUAUUGAAUCUGUGGAAGAAGAAAUAGAGGAAUAUAUGGAAAAUGAAGUAUACAAGAAUUUGCGAAUUCAGAAUUUAAAACCAAAAGUAGCGGCAGUUUUAGUAGAAUUGUUCGGUGCGACAGACGUAACUGCAGCAGAUUUCGAUGACCGUGCAAUCGAACUACUGCGUAGUUUCAACGAAGAACAUGCAUUAUUUGUUAUUAAAGAGAUAAAAGAAUCAAAUCUAAUUGGUGUACAAAAUAAGGCCCAGUAUUUGAUGUCAAUUAUGCGGAAUUUCCGUGAUAAAGUCCGUCAAAUAGGUGCAACAGCCGCUCUCAGUCAGCCGUUAGUGAAUGGACCAGAUGUUGAAAAAAUUAAAGAAAUAUUGGAUCGAACAGGAUAUUCACUCGAAGUUACGAUUGGCCAGCGUAAAUAUGGUGGUCCUCCACCUGAUUGGGAUGGCCCUACAACGGGACCAAUAGGACCUGGUCACGAAAUUUAUAUCGGCAAAAUUCCGAAAGAAGUUUAUGAAGAUUCAUUGAUACCUCUCUUUGAAGAAAUGGGGAAGAUAUGGGAUCUGCGAUUGAUGAUGGACCCACUGACGGGGCGAAAUCGUGGCUACGCCUUUCUCACUUAUUGUGAUAAGGCAGCUGCUUUCGAAGCUGCUAAAAAGUAUGAUGGCCACGAAAUUCUACCUGGAAAAAAUCUGAAAGUCAAUGUCAGUGUUGCUAAUACUCGCCUCUUUAUUGGAAAUAUUCCCAAAUCGAAGUCCAAAGACGAAAUUCUUGCGGAAUUUAAAGAUCAGACAGAAGGUGUAGUGGAUUGCAUAAUUUAUUCAAGUCCGGAUGCAGGCGAAAAUCGUAAAAAUCGUGGAUUUUGUUUUUUGGAUUUUUGUGAUCAUAAAACGGCAUCGGAUGCUAAAAGAAAAAUCAAUGCAGGGAAGUUGCGACCUUGGAACUCGGAUUUGGUUGUUGAUUGGGCAGAACAGCAAGAAGAACCUGACGAAGAGACGAUGGCCAAAGUAAAGGUCUUAUAUGUUCGUAAUUUAAAAGAAGCUGUUACUGAGGAACAGUUGAAGGAAAUGUUCUCAGCUCAUGGUGAAAUCGAUCGAGCUAAAAAAAUUCGUGAUUAUGCCUUCAUACACUUUAUGGAAAGAGAACCUGCGCUUAAGGCGAUGGAAGCACUGAAUGGUACUGUCCUUGAAGGUGUGGCUAUCGAUAUUUCCUUAGCUAAACCUCAGAGCGAUAAAAAAAAAUCAAUGCGUGGUCGUGGCCGAGGAUUUGCUAUGCCACGUGGUGGUUUUGGUGAUUUCGGUUUCGGAGGGCGUGGAGCAAAUGUGAGACGCGGUGGCCCGUCGUUUAACGGUCGUGGUGGUUUUCUUUCUGGUAGCGAUUAUUACGGAUCUUUUGAUCCUUAUGAUGCAUAUGGCUAUGGCGCUCCACCAAUGAGUUAUCCGUAUAGUAGUGGCUACGAUUCAUAUGGUUAUGCACCCGAUCCUUAUGGCUAUGGUUAUGGAGCACCACCAGUCGGUAUGCGAGGUCGUGGAUCGGUGCAGAGCGGUUUUGCGAGCAGAGGAACAGCAGGUCGAGGCCGUUCAGGUCGAGGUUCACGUGGUGCCACGCAGCGUGGCGCAAAAAGACCUGGUGAUGGUGCAGGUGGUCCUGCUUCUAAACGUGAAUUUGGUGGUGAUGAUUUCUCAGCUGAUGUUAAUAUGUCAUCAUUCUGA